AGCCGAGGGAGUUCGGCUCUGAGGCGUCUUGCAGACACAGAGAAUUGGUCUUACUAUAGUUUGCACAUGUAUCAGAUACCAGAGGACAAAGAUUACAGGUCAACAACCCACCGCCUCUGUUUGGGACAGGGGGCGGCUCAUUUGGCUUGAGUCUCAUAGGCUGUGAUCAUCUACACCCAUCACAUACACACACACACACAAACAAACAGGUAGCCAAAUGUGAACACACACAAAGUUUACCCUAACUUUCCCCUUGACCAAGAGCAGCGUCUUUGUCGUCUCGACCCAAAGAAGAAAACCAACAAUGUCCGGCAUCAUGAAAGUGCUCCUGCUCCUUGUUGCCGCGGUCUGCAUCUCUACAGCUUUGACCAACGAAUCUGGUGAGAACUGUCUGUGUCAGCAUACCCGUAAUGGCACUGACGGGUCAGAUUUGAAGGACAUCCAGAUCUACCCGGCCACCAGGUUCUGUAACAAAGUGGAGAUUGUUGUCACCACCGGCGCAGGACACCGCUACUGCCUGAACCACAGGGCGAAGGCAGUGAAAGCCAUCGUGCUUCAGAUCCUAAGGUCCAGGGGAUCCAUCAAACCCAGCCAGUCCAGCUGAUUUCCCUGCCAUCAGAGACAUGUAGCUCUGUUUCACUAUUUGGAUAAUCACAUGACCUCUGACCACGUCAGGAAGGCACCUUUAUUGAAUGUAGACGUGAAAUUAGUCCAACUUUUUGUUUAAUAUCCUCUAUCCUAUCCUAUUUUUAUAGAUUUCUCUGUCUUGUCUUACCUUCUCUGACUUGUCUUGCGAACAGAUUUUAUAUUUUAUGUUUUCUAUGCAUGUUAUUGUAACUUAACUUUUUUAAAUAAUAAUAAAAAAUCCAAAAAAAUA